GUUGCUAGCGGCCGCUUGUGGUGGUUGCCGAGGCCCAGCGUUUUCUCUCUCUCUCUCGGUCACUCGCUCCCUCCCUCCCUGCCUCUCGGCCCCGUCUCUCCCUCCUCUCCGACCCUCCCCGUCUCACGCACGAUGUUGGCGUUUUUCAACCGGCUGCUGGACUGGAUCAAGUCGCUGUUCUGGAAGGAGGAGAUGGAGCUGACGCUGGUGGGGCUGCAGUAUUCGGGCAAGACCACCUUCGUCAACGUUAUCGCGUCUGGUCAGUUCAGUGAAGAUAUGAUUCCAACUGUUGGUUUCAACAUGAGAAAGGUCACCAAAGGCAACGUAACAAUAAAGAUCUGGGACAUUGGUGGACAGCCCAGGUUUCGGAGUAUGUGGGAACGUUAUUGCAGAGGAGUAAAUGCAGUUGUUUACAUGGUAGAUGCUGCAGACCGUGAUAAAAUAGAGGCUUCCAGAAAUGAACUUCACAAUCUGCUAGAUAAACCACAGUUGCAAGGAAUCCCUGUCCUAGUUCUUGGAAAUAAGAGAGAUCUACAAAAUGCUUUGGAUGAAAAACAGCUCAUUGAAAAAAUGAAUCUGGCUGCUAUUCAGGACCGAGAAAUCUGCUGCUAUUCAAUUUCAUGCAAAGAGAAGGAUAACAUAGAUAUCACUCUGCAAUGGCUAAUUCAGCAUUCAAAAUCUAGAAGAAGCUGAGAUUUAAUGGUGAAAACCUGUGUGUGAGCAGCCACUGUCCUUUCUUCACUCACAAUUCAUUCUUCAUGGGAUAAAGAGCAGAAAUACACUAUUCUGAAUAUAUGGAAAUAUUUCCAAUGCCCUGUGACGCAUACCGCUGAAAAGUAUGUUCUCAAUGUGAGACAAACUCGCUUUACAAAUGCUGUUAGAUACAAAUCAUGAUUGAAACAAAUGUUGAAGUCAGUGAUAUAAAAGCACAAGGAAGAGCCAAUGAAAAUAAUCAUGCUUAAUUCUCAGCCUCGUGUUUGGAGUCAGCAGUAUCACAAGUAAUUUUUUUUUAUAGCUUUUAUUGAUCUCACCAUUAAUGUCCUUACAAAUAGGGAUAUGGAGCAUGUUGUAUUGCAUCCCUUUGUGUUGGUGCUGUAGAUAUUUCAGUAUCACUAAGAUUUUUUAAAUGUGUACUGUCUCUGUAUUUAAGACAUUAACUUUUUGCAUUUAAGUGGCAUAUGUAUGUUGUAGUUUGGGGCCAUCACUUGCAUUUACUUAAGCUUUAACUGAAAUUUAUACGUGGGUGUGCUGGUUGAAUACACUGCUUCAACAUUUAAAGUCUUGGCACUAUUGGGCAACGUGAACUUCCUGCAAACAUGCAUGCAAAACUUCCAAUUAUAAGAUUGUAAAUACUAUGUGGAAUUAGUUUACUUUUCUAUUUAGUUGACUUGUGAAUAAUUGUGCUCUCCUCUCACUUCUGUUGAAAUAAAUGGAGUUAACGAGGGCAUAUUGUCAUGUUAUAUUUGUUGUUGUGCAGGUAUUUCAGCUAUAUGCAAAGAAAAUCUGUUCAAGGCAAAAUUUUUAAAGUGAACACUUCUGUUUCAAAGGUGCCUAUUGUAUAACAAUUCCCUGAAUUGAGUUGGGCAAAAUUAAUUUAUUUUUGAGACUUGAAUUUGCCCUUCCAGCUCAUAGAUAUUUGUGAAUAAUCUGGAACAACUUAAUGCCCAGUGAUGACCACUAGCUCUAACACUGGUGGAAAUUGAAGACUGAGCCUUGAGUUUCUGCUAGGAAUACAAUCGGGAAACUGCACUGUAAAUUGCCCUAGUUUUACGGAGAUUGUUAGAUCAAGUUCAUUACUUUAAUUUAACACGUUCUGAGUGCAGAUCUCCCUCAAACUGAUGGAAUUGAGCAGUGUUAUUGUUCACUUGUCUGAUGAGUUAUUAGUUUAAGAAUGAAACUGAAAUCAGUUUGGUUCUUCAGCUACCAUCUAUGGUUUCACAGGUCUUAUUUAGGAAAGGCAGAUCAGUUGCCUAAAUUUGAACUGAUUUCAAAUGAUUGUAGCAUGAGUUUUAAAAAUGGAAUGCGAAGAUUGGAUAAUCUGUAGGUCAAAAAUAAGAGGCUUGCUGGAGGAACUCAACAAGCCAGGCAGCAAAUGUGGAGGGAUAUGUACAGUCGACAUUUUGGGUCCAAACCUUUCACGUGGCAGUCCAGUUGAAGGGUCUCAACCCGAAACAUUGUUCAUUUCCCUCCACAGAUGCUGCAUGACUUGAACUCCUCCAGCAGCUCUCCUUUUUGCUCCAGAGUCCAGCAUCGACAAUCCCUUGUGCCUUCAUUAUCUGUAGGUCACUCUAGCUGAAGGUCAUUAACACUGGAUUAACAUGAUCACAUGCCAGUACAAUGGAAAUUAUGGGCAUAAUAUGACCAACACAACACGAGAUAGAUGAAUGUAUCAUGUCAAUUUGCAGGCCUCUUGAUGUUAUUUAGAGCAAUUGUAAAAGGUAACUAGACUUAGUAUACGUUGUUUGGGCAUAACAAACAUUUUAAAUUCUGAAAAGAUUUUGCACUAUUUAAUUUUGCCCUUGAUAUCUGGGUGAAAUUUUCAGACAUGAUUCCUGUGAAGUUCUUGAUAUUUUGACACCUUGGAGGAUGCUGACGAGAUCAAUUGCCACCAGAAUUUUUUGAAUUUACUGUCUAAUUUAGCUGUGUGUUUGCAAUUAUGUGCAUUGUAUUUUGGGGGGCACAACUGAUUCAAAUAAAAAAUAAGUGGUUUAUCAAGCAAUCGGAAACAAAGGUAUCAUGAGGAUUUAGGUCAAGUCGGUGUCAAAUUCACGUUAAAAAUUUGAACUGUAUAAAAAAAAUAAAGUGAUUUUCUGCUUUCAAA